UUGAAACACACAUAUUUUCAUCAACUACUCGAAAAAUUCAAAACCCCUUAAAACCCGAACCCACCCCGAGUCCGACCCAUCCCAUAAUUCAAAUUUGUCUCUUCCUUCUUUCCUUCUGUUAUCUCUCAUCUGUCGUCUGUCACUGUCUCCUCUCUGCCGGCGCCGCCGGUUGUCUCAGCCUCCGAAUCUCAGUGAUCUUCCUUGACAGGUCUCAAGUUACUUUUGAGUCAAUUGUGAAAAUCAAAAUAUUAAGGGGUUUCCAUAACCAAAAGAGAAGGAAAGGUGGGGAAAAGUGGCAACUACAAAAAGAAAGUAAGGAACAUGAAAUGGCUCCAGAGUCCGGUCUUGGUUCUUCCAUCGUUGUUUGCACUUUGCAGCUUUCAAAUGAAAAAACCAACCUAGCAAAUCUUUCACUUCCAAAUGGCGACUCAACGGCUGCUUUUCCAAAAACCCUUUCUCAGAGUCAGAACCUUCACAGCCUACACAAGACCUUCAUUCCAUGCCCAAGCUUAUUCUCACAGUCCUUUCUCCCUCUCUUCUCCUCCAAAGCCUGACUCCAACCAUGACCUUAGAACCCUCCAAAACCAGGAAGAACCAACUUCAUCAACUCCUUCUGUAUCAGAUUCUUUCUUGGUGGAAAAGAUUCUUUUCAGCUUAAAGCAAGGUAAUCCCAGUCCUUUGCGUAACUAUCUCUUUCGGUUAAACCCUUUAGUUGUAGUUGAAGUUCUUUGUCGCUGCCGUGAAAAUUUGCAACUGGGUCAGAAAUUUGUUGACUUAAUUGUGUUAAAUUGUCCAAACUUUAAACAUUCAUCACAAUCUUUGAGUGCAAUGGUUCAUGUUUUGGUGUGUAGCCGGAGGCUGUCAAAUGCACAAUCGUUGAUUCUUAGAAUGGUUAGGAAGAGCGGAGUAUCAAGGGGUGAGAUUGUUGAGUCUUUGGUUUCGAUGUGUGAUAAUUUGGAGUGGAGUUCAUUAGUUUUUGAUUUGUUAAUUAGGACUUAUGUGCAAGCUAGGAAGUUAAGAGAAGGGUCUGAGGCAUUUCGUGUGUUGAGAAGUAAAGGAUUUUGUGUUUCUAUCAAUGCUUGUAAUAGUCUUCUUGGUGGGCUUGUGAAGGUGGGGUGGGUUGAUUUGGCAUGGGACGUGUAUGGGGAAGUUGUUACAAGUGGGAUUGAUUUGAAUGUUUAUACACUCAAUAUUAUGGUUAAUGCAUUGUGUAAAGACCAAAAAAUUGAUAAUGUGAAGAUCUUCUUAUUGAAAAUGGAAGAAAAGGGGGUUUUUCCAGAUAUUGUAACUUAUAAUACAUUAAUCAAUGCAUAUUGUCGUGAAGGGCUAUUAGAUGAAGCUUUUGAAGUAAUGAACUCAAUGCCAGGAAAGGGCUUGAAACCAGGCCUUGUCACUUACAAUGCUAUCAUAAAUGGUUUAUGUAAGAAGGGAAAGUAUGCCAGAGCAAAGGAAGUAUUGGAUGAGUUGUUGUGGAAUGGUUUGAGUCCUGAUACUACUACUUACAACACACUACUCGUCGAGAGUUGUAGGAAGGAUAAUAUUUUGGAAGCUGAAGCGAUUUUUAAUGAAAUGUUGCAUCGUGGUGUUAUUCCUGAUUUAGUUAGCUUUAGUUCACUUAUUGGGGUUUUCAUGAGGAAUGGGCAUCUUGAUCAAGCAUUAGUGCAUUUUAGAAAUAUGAAGAAAGCUGGCUUGGUUCCGGAUAAUGUGAUUUAUACUAUUCUUAUAGAUGGGUAUUGUAGAAAUGGCAUUAUGUCAGAGGCUUUGAAGAUGCGGGAUGAAAUGCUAGAGCGGGGUUGUGUUAUGGAUGUGGUUACAUACAACACCAUUUUGAAUGGGUUGUGCAGGGAGAAGAUGCUUGCUGAUGCAGAUCAGUUCUUCAAUGAGAUGUUGGAAAGAGGUGUAUUUCCUGAUUUCUACACUUUCACCACUCUCAUUCAUGGGUAUUGUAAGGAUGGGAAUAUGAAUAGAGCACUUAACUUAUUUGAGACUAUGACUCAAAGGAAUCUCAAACCUGACAUAGUGACAUACAAUACAUUAAUUGAUGGAUUUUGCAAAGUGGGUGAAAUGGAGAAGGCUAAGGAGUUAUGGGUUGAUAUGAGCUCUAGAGGGAUUACUCCCAAUCACAUUUCGUAUGGGAUUGUCAUUAAUGGAUUUUGUAGCAUGGGCCAUGUAUCUGAGGCAUUCGGCUUCUGGGAUGAGAUGGUUGAAAAAGGUAUCAAACCCUCUCUGGUGACUUGCAACACUGUAAUAAAGGGCUUUUGCCGGUCAGGUAAUGCAUUAAAGGCAGAUGAGUUCUUGAGAAAAAUGUUGUCAAAAGGAAUUGUUCCUGAUAGCAUUACAUAUAAUACUCUAAUUAAUGGCUAUGUAAGAGAAGAGAAUAUGGACAAAGCUUUUGUUUUGCUUAACAGGAUGGAGAAACAAGGGCUGUUUCCUGAUGUUAUUACAUAUAAUGUAAUUUUGAAUGGGUUUUGUCGACAAGGUAGAAUGAAAGAGGCAGAACUGAUAUUGCAGAAGAUGAUUGAGAAAGGUGUAAACCCUGAUAGAUUCACAUACACCUCAUUGAUAAAUGGACAUGUGAGCCAGGACAACCUGAAAGAGGCAUUUCGGUUCCACGAUGAAAUGUUACAAAGAGGAUUUGUGCCUGAUGAUAAAUUCUAACUGUAUCAUAUCAUACUGAGUUCAUUUGGCUGCAUGCCAGUUAGAUACUGAAGGGGGUAAGAAAGCUUAAUUGGAAUCCUUGGACAUAAGCAUCAUGUAAUUGCUUAUGAUGAAGGGGGACUUUGGAUAAAAGAACGGUGGACUAGAGAAUUCAAUCACAUUGACUUGCUCUCAGAAAUGAAGAGUUGACAAUCAUGCAUUUGUAGAGGGUCUGGUUCCAUGUCAACUGUGCAGUGCCAACUUGCGAGGGGAAUGUCGAUCAGAAAUUUGCCUUGAUGCAUGAGAUACAAAUGUACCAUUGAAGAUAACAUGCAAUAAUUAUGAUCUAACUAAGGGCUUGUUUCAUGACCAUGUGCACACAUGAAAAGUUUCAAGAAAGCCUAAAGUAUUCAACUAAAAUGGAUACUGAUUGAGACUUGACAAUAUUUUCUAGAUUCUGUAGCUCAACAAUUUUAGUUGAAAAUUUUGAGCUUUAUCAAAUAUCUUUUAUAGUAGUCCCUUGUCCAUAGAGGCAGGUGCUGAGGUGCACAUAUGCUCACACAUGCCAUUUUUUAUAUUCAAUUAUUGAAAGUAAUGUCAGUGUUUUAGCACUCA